AUGCAAUCGAACUUUUCUUUAUAGAUUUAGGUAUAAAAAACAUUAAAUUAUUCAUAAAAAAUCAGAAAAUAAUACUCAUCAGUUGAUAAAUCUCUAAUAAAUAAAUUAAAUUUCAGCAGAUUUGAGAAUUUUUAUUUAAAGCAUCACAUCCUUUCAAUUUUAAUAAUAUUCAUACAGACGAUUAUAUAAUUAUAAUGA